GAGAGAACAGAAUAACCGAACACCGCCGGACGACCCUCAUCCGGACUGACCGUCCUGCAGACGGACUGACCCAUGCAGGGACCGCGAAGCCACACCGACGCGACACCCGCCGAGGCGCGCCGCCGCGGCCACCGAACGCCGUGUCUGCCGCGCGCCCGUGGGCACCAGGCACCAGAGACCAGAGAGACCAGAGACCAGAGAGACCCGACUCAGACGAUGUUGUCGAGGUCGUAGGUCGUGAAACGGAACGGCACCUCGCUCUCCUGCAGCGCCUCCUCGAUGGCCUGGUAGGUUGGGCGGCUCUCCUUCCCCUCCAGGAGCGGCUCCCACCUCUCGCUCUCCGGCGCAAAGUAGCACGCCUACUCCACCGCCAAGCUCAGGCGCCGUUCACGGAGCCCACCGUCGAGGGCCGUGCCGCCAAUCUCGGCCAAUCUCGGGUGAUCUCGGGCGAGCUCGG